AUGGGUCGCAAAGAUCGCAAGACCAUCUCCUCCGGCAACAACGGCACGCCAAAGUGGACCGAUGAGCAGCGCCAGGCUCUGCGGCUCUGCUACAAGCUCUGGAACCUCACCGACCAAGAAGUCAACGCCCUCAUGCACCGCUGCUACCCUGAGUUCCGCGAGACUGCCGGCCGCAACUACACCUACGACCACACUCGCGACGAGUACAAGCACCGCUUCUCCAAGCGGCGCUCGAAGCGCUGGCACGCCAUCGACCGCCCGAACAAGUUCAACAGCACGCGGUACACGCAGGAGGAGAUCGAUGAGCUGUAUCGCGUUCAGGUCAUGGUCGAGGACGCUGCUUCUGCUGGUCCUGAUCAAGAUGCCAUGCAACUCACGCCUCGAGAGAAUGCGCCUUUCCCCCUCACCUACCCGAACGGCAUCGCCUCUGCUCCAGUUGACAAGGGCGUCAAGACUGCUGAUGCCAGCGUCGAAGACGCGACUGGAGAACAAGACGAGGAUGAAGACAAGUAUCCGGAGGAGUUUUUCGCGUUCGACAUCACGCAGCAUCUUGACGACGAGGAUGAUGCUGCUGGAGCUGAAGCGGAUGCGAAAGAGAAAGAUGAAGAGGAGGAUACGCCAACAGCAACGGCACCCACACGGUGCUCUGCUCGCCUCCGGGGCAAAGCGUGGAGAUUGAGAGGUUCGGUCUGCAGCUCUGAAAGCAAGAUCUCAUCACGAACAGUACCUAGCCGUUGGGCUGGAGCGUCGGCGCAGCAAGCAAAUGCUUAG